AUGAGGACCACAUUAGCAAAGUGAUUCAGAAUAGUUGCUCCACUGCGGACUGCCCGAUUAGUGGCGGUAGUGGAGGCCAACGCUUCUCAUCCGUCCAACCAACCAAUGUUUGCAUGACCCUUCAAAGCGAAAACUCCCACCCGGCAAAUAAUCACACUAAUGAACUGAACAAAACCCAAACACCCAAUCCCCCCUUCGUUUCGGCCACUCGCUGCUCUCAUGUGCCAAACUGAAUCACUGAUACUUCCUUUUUGCUGUCACUUUCCCUGCCAAACGCCCAUUUUCCUCUUUGCCUAGAAUGGUUUAAUGUCCAGUUCCUCAUUCUACUAGCACAUAUAUUUUGAUAAAAACAAAUAAUUGCAUUUUUUGCUGAUUGUCUUUCUUGGCUGUAAGACAUGGUUUCUGCUUCUUCAGCUUCGGUAUGUCUUCCCGCGACCUCUUUGGCCGGAAAGGGGACUGAUUUCCGGUCUGGGUCUACUGGAUUAUUGUUCCGUAGUAGCUUCCGGGCGUCAACCCGAUUGACGUCUCGGAGGCCCGUAAUUCGCUCCGACUUGGACUCCAUGGUUUCUGACAUGACGAUGAACGCUCCAAAAGGGCUAUUUCCACCUGAACCUCAGCACCAUCGAGGACCAAAGUUGAAAGUGGCAAUCAUAGGAGCUGGCCUUGCAGGCAUGUCAACUGCAGUUGAGCUUUUGGAUCAAGGACAUGAGGUAGACAUUUAUGACUCUAGGUCUUUUGUUGGUGGAAAAGUGGGUUCGUUUGUUGACAAGAGUGGAAAUCACAUUGAGAUGGGAUUGCAUGUAUUUUUCGGUUGCUAUAAUAACCUAUUUCGUCUGAUGAAAAAAGGUGGGUGCUGAGAAAAAUCUACUAAUCAAGGAUCAUACUCACACCUUUGUGAAUAAAGGGGGCAAAGUUGGCGAGCUUGAUUUCCGGUUCCCUAUUGGAGCACCACUGCAUGGAAUUUCAGCAUUUUUGUCCACAAAUCAGUUGAAGCCAUAUGAUAAAGCCAGAAAUGCUGUAGCACUUGCCCUUAGUCCCGUGGUUCGGGCUCUAGUGGAUCCAGAUGGGGCAAUGAAGGAUAUUCGUGGUUUAGACCGAAUAAGCUUCUCCAACUGGUUUAUGUCUAAAGGGGGAACACGUGCAAGUAUCCAGCGGAUGUGGGAUCCUGUUGCCUAUGCUCUAGGAUUCAUUGAUUGUGAUAAUAUUAGUGCUCGAUGUAUGCUUACUAUAUUUGCACUGUUUGCCACUAAGACAGAGGCUUCCCUCUUACGGAUGCUCAAAGGCUCUCCGGAUCUUUAUUUGAGUGGUCCAGUCAGAAAAUACAUCGAGGAUAAAGGAGGCAGGUUUCAUCUGAAGUGGGGAUGUAGAGAGUUACAUUAUGAGAGAUCUUCUGAUGGAAGUACAUAUAUCACUGACCUUGUCAUGUCAAAGGCUACUCAGAAGAAAACAGUUAAAGCUGAUGCCUAUGUUGCAGCAUGUGAUGUGCCUGGAAUUAAGAGACUACUACCUAAUGGUUGGAGGGAAUGGGAAUUCUUUGAUAAUAUUUAUAAGCUGGUUGGAGUGCCAGUAGUUACAGUACAACUUAGAUACAAUGGCUGGGUUACAGAGUUGCAAGAUUUGGAACUUUCAAGACAAUUGGUGCGGGCUACAGGUUUGGAUAAUCUCCUAUACACACCAGAUGCAGAUUUCUCUUGCUUUGCGGACCUUGCACUGACCUCUCCUGAAGAUUAUUACCUUGAGGGUCAAGGGUCUUUGCUCCAAUGUGUGCUUACACCUGGAGACCCUUACAUGCCUCUACCAAAUGAUGAAAUUAUAAGAAGAGUCUCCAAACAGGUUGUGGUCCUUUUCCCCUCCUCCCAAGGUUUGGAGGUGACUUGGUCAUCAGUUGUCAAAAUUGGGCAAUCUUUAUACCGUGAAGGGCCUGGCAAAGAUCCAUUUAGACCUGAUCAGAAAACACCAGUGAAAAAUUUCUUUCUUGCAGGGUCAUAUACGAAACAGGAUUACAUAGAUAGCAUGGAAGGAGCAACUCUAUCAGGCAGGCAAGCUUCAGCCUACAUAUGCAAUGCUGGAGAAGAGCUGUUGACUCUGCGGAAACAGCUACUUGCUUCUGGGAAAUCAUUAAACGGAUCAGAAGCUGCUGCUUUAUCUGAUGAACUGGCUCUUCUUUCUUCCUCCUAAUAACUUCCACACAGACAAUACAGAAAAUAUACCACCUUGAUCUACAUGGACAAAUUGAAACCUCCUCACCACUUCCCUUCCCAUUUUUCUUUCUUUAUAUCUACUAGUUUGUGCUAUACAUAUGUAAUAUGUACAUGUUACCGGUUUUAGUCUAAAUUUAUCUUAUUAGUAACCUUCAUUGCUUC